AUGCCGUCUGAUUCUAUAUAUUCCUCCAAAAGUAACCAGACCACAAACACCACUUCUAAUUUUAAUGAGUCUGUGCACAAUGAAAAGCCAACAUUUAAACCACAAUAUUUAGUAGAUUCAGUCAUCUAUAAUUCCUCUGAUGCUAAGAUGUCUUCCGAUAAGCCAAGAUAUACAGAUCCUUUAAUAAGUCCAAUUUCUAAGGAGAGCGCAUCAAAUGAAAACAAAAAAAGGAGAAAUACCCAAAGUGUACCAAACAAGGGGGACUCAGGGCCUGUGAGGACUGCAUCUAUAGUUUAUUACGAAAAUGAAGGAAAAAAGAAAGAUAGUAUAUUGAACUCAAAUCCAUUAAACAUAUUAAACGAUAAAUUUAUGCCAUCUGGUAUUUCCUCUUCAAGGACAAAGAAAACAAAAAGAAUCCCUCAAAAUAUUCUAAAAAAAACGCUGAGUAGUUUAUCAAUUAAUACAGAUAAUGAAGGUAACUCUAUUCUUAAUGAUUUAGAUUUCAUAAAUAAUCUUACACGAUCCACAUCUAAUUAUACCAUAGUAAAAACCACUAGUCGAGGAUCGCAAAAUCGAAAUAGUAUAUCAUCUCAAGGGCAUUCUACCUCAAAAAUCUUACCCUCUUCUGUUUCUACAAAUCCUUCAUCCUCUUCAUCUCAUCAUUAUUCCAACAUUAUGCAUAUUCCUUCAAGGAAAACUUCAUUUGCAGGUUCUAUUCUAAAAAGACUAUCGGGAAAUACCUCUUCAUCCGGCUCUCAUUCAUCAAAUAGAACAAAAAGUAAGGAUACAAAUACUACAUCUAACAAUAAUAGUCAAUGUUCCACCAAAGAAAAAAAGAAAUCAGGGGAUAAAACAUCUAUACCUAUUAAGAAUAAUUCAUCUUCAUUAUCCACUCGAAGAUCUUCUAUAACAAGUGUAAGUGCUGCAUCACUGAGGAAGCAGAGCAAAUCAUCUGUUUUGACUAAUGAUUCAGGCUCAUCAUCUGGGAGAAAACCUUCUGCAAUAACUAGUACUGAUACUACUCCUAAUAUCCCUGGUUUACUUCCAUUAGACACAAAUUUAGACGACUUGACAGAUAUUACCAAAACAGCAUUACUUCCUUCUAAAAAUAAUCAAAAUAAAAUAAUGACUAAUAAUGAAAACAAAAUACUAAUAACUGAUGAAGACAACAUUGUUCCAACUUCAAAUCAGAAGGGAACAGAUUUUCCAAUAGCCUUAACCAUUUCAAGCAUAUCUCCAAAAACACACAUGUUCAACAAAAUAUCCGUUGUUGAUGUUGACGAUAAUGAUAAAAUUCCAAAUAUACCACAAACACAGAAUGUAGAUUCUAUUCUUAAAACUUCUUCUAUUGGCAAUGAACAACAUUUAUCACAUGACAAACAUUCACCAAAUGAGCAAAUUACAAAUAUGACCUUGUCCAAUAAUUUACACAAUUCUACAACCAGUUUUAGCCCUAAAAAAUCAUACUCUGUUGGAGAUUUUACUUUAUGGUCACUUUCAGCUAUGAAUGAUUCAGCACCUGGUUUAAAAGGUGAUAAACGAAGCUUUUUUGGAAAUAAUUUAACCAAUUUAUCAAGAGGAGUAAGCAAUGUAACAUUAAAUAAUGAGAAUAAAUGGAUUGCUCCAGAGAGUUGGGAUGUAGAUCCUGCUGUUAAUAGGGAUAGGCUUAAAACAAAAAAAAAAUUGAAGAAACAAUUGAGGAGAGAAAGAAAAAAAUUACUAUUACAGCAAGAGAAAGAUAAGCAUGUCCCAUCAAUGAUGGACCCACUGGCUAGAGCAUCUUCUAUAUCAUUAAGUCUAACAAGUUCGGCAUCAUCUUAUCUAGAUACAGAAUCUGACUUCUUGACUGAUUCUGAUUCAUCAUCAAGUAAUUCCUUACCUUCAUGGCAUGCAAUACAUGAAGGUAAAUCCAAUCAAGAUAAAACAAUAAAUUCCAAUAACGUUGAUACUGAAAAAGUACAUAACAUCACGAGACCAUUACAGAGUUUUUCAACAAAUAACAUAAACUUAACAACAGCAUCACCAGGAGGUUUUCCUGCCAAUGAACGUGGAAAUUCAGUUGAUCCAUUAUCACCGGGACCUCAUAAAUCUAUUUUAAUGAGUCAUUCAGAUAACCCUUUAACACUUGCUACUUUAGAAGAUGAUAGAAGUGAUCGUGCAGAACGUGAUUUAGAACAUUAUUAUAAAGAUUCAAGUGACUUAGAUUUUAAUAAGCAUUAUGCCAUUCGUAUUUUUAAUGUUGAUGAUACAUUUACGACCUUGUCAUGCACACCUGGGACUACUGUGGAAGAUAUGAUUCCGAUACUUAAAAAGAAAUUUAAUAUUACACUCAAAAGUAAUUAUCAAAUAUCAUUGAAAGUUGGUAAACUGUCAAAGAUUCUUCGAUCUACUUCAAAACCAAUCAUUAUUGAAAGAAAAUUAUUAUUGUUGAAUGGCUACAAAAAAAGUGAUCCCUUACAUAUUAUUGGUAUUGAAGAUUUAAGUUUUGUUUUUAAAUUUCUCUUCCACCCAGUGCAUCCUUCUCAUUUCACACCAGAACAAGAACAAAGAUUACUAAGAAGUGAUUUUGUUCACGUCGAUCUAAGAAACAUGAAUUUAACUACUCCACCGAUUAUUUUUUAUCAACAUACUUCAGAAAUUGAAAGUUUAGAUGUCUCAAAUAAUGCAAAUAUAUUCCUCCCCCUUGAAUUUAUCGAAAGCUCUAUUAAACUAAUGAGUUUAAGAAUGGUCAAUGUAAGAGCAUCUCGAUUUCCAGUAAACUUAACAGAGGCAUAUAAAUUGGUAUCUUUGGAGUUACAAAGAAAUUUUAUAAAAAAAGUUCCUAGAGCAAUUUCAAAACUUGGAAAUUUAACAAUUUUAAAUCUACAAUGCAAUGAAUUAGAACGGUUGCCACAUUCAUUUGGGCUCCUAAAAAAUCUUCAAUUAUUAGAUUUAUCCUCAAAUAAGUUUAUUUUUUACCCAAAUGUUAUCAAUGAAUGUACUAACCUUUUACAAAUAGAUUUGUCGUAUAAUAAAAUAUAUAGUAUUCCACAGAGUAUUAACCAACUGACCAAAUUGGCUAAAAUCAAUUUGUCACACAAUAAAUUAACAGAAAUUCAAUCAUUAGCUGAAAUGAAAAAUUUAAGAACUUUAAAUGUGCGUUAUAAUAGGAUAACAAGCAUCAAAACGGUUGCACCUAAUUUACAAAACUUAUUUUUGACAGAAAAUAGGAUAUCCAAUUUUGAGGAUAAAUUACCCAAAUUAAGAACAUUGGAAUUACAGGAAAACCCUAUUACCUCUAUUUCAUUCAAAGGUUUCUAUCCGCUAAAUAUGACAAGUUUGAUUUUAAGUAAGGCACAGCUAUCCAGUAUUCCAGGUGAUUUAUUUACUGAAUUAUCUCGAUUGGAAAAAUUGGAGCUAAGUGAAAAUAAUUUAAGUAGUUUACCAAAAGAAAUAGGCUCUUUAAACAAGUUGAUUUACCUAUCCGUGGCAAGGAACAAAUUAGAAUCAUUGCCUGCAGAAUUUGCACAGUUAAAAUCAUUAAGAUCAUUGGAUUUACACUAUAAUAAUAUUCGUGAAUUUUUUGAAGGUAUUGAGGAAAUUGAAUUGACAUACCUGAACAUCUCAUCUAAUGCCUUUGGUAGCAUAGCUUCUAUGGACAGCACAAUGUUUACAAACCCUACUGGUUCUAACAAAUUAUUAAAUAGUUUAUUAUUUCUUGUUGCAGCUGACAACCAAUUUACAGAUAAGAUGUUGCCAUUUUUUAAUAGUUUUAUCAAUUUGAAAUUAUUAAAUUUGUCUUAUAAUAGCUUUGCUGAUAUUUCAGCAUUGAAUCUAAAAAAUCUAACAGAAUUAUAUAUGUCAGGCAAUAAAAUUAGUGCUAUUCCAAGUGAAUGUGUUUUAAAUUGGAAAGAGUUGAAAGUCUUAAUGUUAAAUGGUAACCAGUUAGUGACACUACCAGCAGAACUAUCUCAGCUAUCACAAUUGACUACCUUUGAUUUGGGCUCUAAUCAAUUGAAAUAUAACAUUUCCAACUGUCAAUAUGAUUGGAACUGGAGGGAAAACAAAGAACUUAAAUACUUAAAUUUCUCGGCCAAUAGAAAAUUUGAAAUUAGAUCAUCAACAGAUCAUGAUGAUGGUGUUGACUAUUCCAAUUUGAGCAUUUUACCAAAUUUAAAAGUUUUGGGUUUAAUGGAUGUCACACUAAACACCAGUAAAGUUCCAGAUGAAAAUAGUAACUUCCGUUUAAGAACAACUGCAUCUAUUAUUAAUGGUAUGCGUUAUGGGGUUGCAGAUAGUCUUGGGCAAAGAGAUCAUGUUUCUACAAGAGAUGUGACAUUUGAGAGAUUCAGAGGUAAUGAUGAUGAAUGUUUGAUAUGUCUUUAUGAUGGUAAAAACCAAAGUUCAGAUUACGGGAAUAAUAUUUCAAGAAUUGUAAGAGAUAUAUACGAUAAAAUAUUAAUUCAACAGCUUGAAAAAUAUGGAGAUAGUAAUGAUGAAGAUAUCAAAAGGGCAUUACGUUUUAGUUUUCUACAAUUAAAUAAAGAAAUCAACACGAUGUUGAAUUCUGUAGACAACGGUGGUGAUAUUGAAAAUUUAACUUCUGCAGAUUUACUGAGUGGUUCCUGCUCUACAGUUGUUUACAUUAAGAAAGAAAAAAUCUUUACAGCCAAUUUGGGUGAUUGUAUGGCUAUUUUAUGCAAGAAUAACGGCGACUAUCAAACUUUAACUACUCAACACUUACCAACAAAAAGGGAGGAAUAUGAGCGGAUCAGAAUAUCAGGAGGGUAUGUCAAUAAUGGAAAAUUAGAUGGUGUAACAGACGUUUCUAGAGCAGUAGGUUUCUUUGAUUUACUACCUCAUAUUCAUGCUUCAGCAGAUGUUUCUAUAGUAACACUAUCGCCAACAGAUGACAUGAUAAUAAUUGCCACACACAAACUGUGGGAAUAUUUAGGCAUCGAGAUGGCAUGCGAUAUUGCAAGAGAACAUAGCACUCAACCGAUGAUUGCUGCUGAAGUAAUGAAAGAUCAUGCAAUUGCAUAUGGGUGUGCAGAAAAUAUUACAAUUAUCUGUCUUUCAUUACACACUAGCACUGAGCAAGAUAAUCAAUUUACAUUGAAUAAAAGUGCCUUGUUAACAAGAAGAAGUACAUUUGAGGAUACUGCAUUGAGAAGAUUACAACCAGAAAUUACACCACCAACUGGUAAUUUGGCAGUUGUGUUUACAGAUAUUAAAAAUUCAACUUUUCUAUGGGAGAUGUUCCCUAAUGCAAUGAGAACUGCAAUAAAAACACAUAAUGAUCUAAUGAGACGUCAAUUACGUAUAUUUGGUGGUUAUGAAGUCAAAACAGAAGGCGACGCGUUUAUGGUGACAUUCCCAACUCCAACGAGUGCCAUGGGAUGGUGUUUAAAUGUUCAAUUAAAAUUAUUAGAUGUCCAAUGGCCUGAAGAAAUUACGUCUAUUCAAGAUGGUUGUUUAGUUACUGAUUCCAAUGGAGUUAAAAUCUACCAAGGUUUAUCAGUUCGUAUGGGUAUGCAUUGGGGCCAUCCUGUAACUGAGUUAGAUCUAGUAACCCAAAGAAUGGAUUACCUUGGUCCAGUUGUAAACAAAGCGUCUAGAGUGUCAAGUGUUGCUGAUGGUGGUCAGAUUACCUUAAGUAAUGACUUUAUGUCAGAAUUUAAUAAGGUCAUGAAAUAUCAUAAAAUGGUUACUGAAGAGGGCAAGUCUUUGAAAGAAGUGUAUGGCGAAGAAAUUGUUGGUGAAGUUUUAGAAAGAGAAAUAGCUAUGCUGGAAACUACCGGAUGGGUUUUCUUUGAUUAUGGGGAACAGAAGUUAAAGGGUUUAGAAACCAAGGAAUUUAUUACAAUUGUUUAUCCAAAAAUUUUAGCAAGUAGACAUGAAUUUUCUCAAAAGGACACAAAAUCAAAAACAAUUGAUGAAGAUUUAUUAUUUAGUUUGAGAACAAUAUCUAAUAGAUUGGAAACUAUAUUAUCUGCUCUCUCAGGUAGUGCAUUGGAAUUUGAAAAUAUCAAAGCAACUCAUAACUAUUUGAAUUCUGAGGCUAAAACGGCUAUUGUUAAAUCUGUGACUGAGAAACAAUUAUUGGCAUUUUUUGACCACAUGGUUACAAGAAUUGAAUCUGCAGUAGUUUUGUUGCAAUUACGACAACAGAUACAAGACGGUUUGGAUUUCUGUGAUACAAAUGAUCAUAGUGAUCUUUCAGGUACAAUUUUUGAUUUACUUGACGAGGUUCUGGCUGAUUAUAAGUUAAGGAAAGAGUAG